AGCCGUUAUUUUCCUAUUUGCCAUUGAUAUCAGCGGGAGUGGAUAACGAAGCCAUCUGUAGAACCCAGAGAGCACCUCAAAGCUUCUUCGACCUCACCUACAAUGGCGGCCUCCACCACGCCAUCGUCGCUCUCUUUCUUCUCUUCAUCGAUCUUCCUUUCAUCGGCCAACCAAAAUUCUAAGCUCUUUUGCAAUUGGAAGCCCAAUUCCUUUAAACCCCAAUCCAAGCCCUUAUCGAUCUCCUCCCAGCUCGCUACUCUUCCAGUUCUCUCCUUCACCGGAGAAAAAGUAGGCGAGACCGUCCUUGACCUUAAGUCCGCUCCACCGGAAACCGCCCGCGCCGUCGUUCAUCGAGCCAUUAUCACUGAUCAACAGAACAAGCGCCGUGGGACCGCCUCGACUCUUACUAGAGCUGAGGUUAGUGGAGGCGGCAGAAAACCAUACCAGCAAAAGAAAACUGGGAAGGCCCGUCGUGGUUCGAUGCGUACUCCUCUCCGGCCUGGCGGAGGUGUGGUUUUCGGGCCGAAACCUAGGGAUUGGUCCAUUAAAAUCAACAGAAAGGAGAAGAGACUGGCGAUUUCGACGGCGGUGGCUAGCGCGGCGGUAAAUACAAUAGUGGUGGAAGAUUUUGGUGACAAAUUCGAGAAGCCGAAAACUAAGGAGUUCAUUGCUGCGCUAAAGAGAUGGGGAAUCGAUCCUAAGGAGAAAUCCUUGUUCUUAAUGACGGAGGUUUCUGAUAAUGUGCGACUAUCCAGCCGCAAUAUCGGAACACUGAAGUUGUUGACCCCGAGAACACUGAAUUUGUUCGAUAUUUUGAAUUCUGAUAAGUUGGUUUUGACGCCGGCGGCGGUGGAUUAUCUGAAUGAGAGAUAUGGAAUCAAUUACGAAGAAGGAAUUGAAGACGAGGAGGAGGAAGAAGAAGAAGAAUUAGAAGGCGAAGAAGGGCUGGAGGCCGGUGAGGAAUUGGAUGCAGCGGAAUGAUUCUGCCAUGUACGAAUCGGCGAAAGCUUCGGCAUGUUAGCUUGCAGGCUUGAAUGUAUUCUUUUUUUGGUUCUUGUUCACACUCAAAGGUAUCUCCUUCUUCUCUUUCCUUCCAAUAUCCUUAUGUAUUGUCAGUAGUUGGUCUCUUCAAGAACAAUCUUUGAUUCUUUAGGAACUUGCAUUCUGUUAUGUCUUCCCUGUGCUUUCUUCCUAAGUUAGGAGCUUCCAUUAGAACUUUACAUCUCCUAUGGCAGCUUCGUCGUCGAUAACUUGUGAAAAAUGCUUAAAGAGAUAGAGAACAAAGUUCUUGAAAGAUCAUCUAGACUUGUGGAGUAAAUCUAGAGUUGAAUUGAAUGGUUCUUC